AUGGCCACCCCCUCUUGGAUCAAAAUUGUUCACGUGCAUCAGGUUUUUGGAUCAACCAUUCGCGCUGCUGGGAUUGUUUCAUCAAGGGCUGGAGCUUCUCUUCCUGCUUUGGUUGUAACCUACAAAUAUGUAGAAAUCGCAGUGGUGUCUAUAUUGAUGGAUUACUUCAACGAUUCAAUGGAGGAGGAGAAUCAACGAUUAGCAGCCAUUGUUACAAAUCUUCAAGAUGGUCUAUCAUCGCUAUUCGUAGUUAUUGUUUCUCUAAUCUCAGAAGCAUAUACCGGUUAUUACACUAUGAUAACGAUUUGCACUGCAGCUUCAAUAGAGGGUUUAAUGCUACUAUGGACAUCUGCAUCAUCAACCAAACCUUCCACAUUCCGUGCGGUCUAUGCAGCCAUAUUCUUCCUAGCACUAGGAAGCAGUGGUCAAAAGCUUAUAGAAAAUUUUCUUGAAUACCAAUUGGAGGAGAAAAUUAAAGCCAGACAUGAGAGUGAAGCAGUACGUAGUGGAACCACAGAAAACCAAAAGGAGGAAGAUUUCACGGAUAAAGUGCUAAUUAAAAGCUGGUUGUGCGCUCCGUUUGUUGUUGGAUAUAUCAUAACAAUUUGUUUGGCCUUCAUCAGCAUCGAUACAACGUACGAGCACUGGUUCCAAUUCACGGCACUUAUCAUGUGUGGGACUUACAUGCUGUUCCUCGCUGGUUCGGCGUGGUACAGCCACGAACAAUUGCCCAUUGAAAGCAAUCUGCACAAGAUUUACAGAAUCUUGAAAGCAGCUUUAGGGAAACGACAUGCAAAAUAUCCAACCUCGCCUGGUCGCUAUUAUUGGAAAGAUAGUAAGCGAGAUCAUUUUUAUAAAUACGGUGAAGGAGUAAGGUUACUUCCACGAGUUCCACGUCUGUUCAGGUGGUUGGACAAAGCAGCUAUACUUGAAGCAGAAGCUUCCACAGUGAGUCUGGAGUUGCAAGAAAAGAAUGAGAAGCUUUGCACAGUAGAGGAAGUGAGGGAUGUGAAAAGCCUUGUUCCCAUGUUUUACCUGUGCUUUGCAUUCUUUGGCUACAGUUUACUCGUGGCCACGGAGAGCACUUUCUUUGUUGCACAAGCAAGCAACAUGACCUCAAAUAUUACAACCAAUGGCAAUGAUAUCUCUAUUCUCGUUUUGAUCAUGGAGGCCACGAGUGAUGUGUCACGAUUCAUCUGGUUUCUCAUUGGUCGUGCCUUUCGACACUUCACAAAAUUCAGUUGUAUCGACAACGUGUGCAACAAGAAAGCAGCCAUUGCAAGGAUUGGUUUUGGCAUGGUUUGUGCAGUAAUUUGUAGCCUCAUAGCAUGGCAAGUUGAGGUUGGUAGGUUGAAGAUAAGCAAGCAGAUGGAGUAUGAGGAUGGUAGAAACUCCACAGUGGCAUUGAUUCCGCAAUUUUCAGUGUUGGGAGUCACAAACGGGCUUGUUGAAGGUGGAAUCACGAGUUUGUUCCAUGGGAACGUGGCGAAAUCAAUGUGGAGUUUUGAUGAUUCAUACAAGGAAUUGGUGAUCGGUAGUGGAAAACUCAUGAUCAUACCACUGGUCUUGAGUAUCCCUAGUUGGUUCAGUGAUACUUUGAACUCAAGUCGUUUGGAUAAGUUCUAUCUGAUGUUGGGAAUAUUGAACGCUGCGUUUCUUCUGGUUUUUUUUUACUACUCCUUCAGAUAUGCGUACAAAGAAGUAUGUCCCCAAGAUGAUCAAGAAGUUGAAGAAUUCACGGGGGCAAAUGCGGAUUUCGUUUCCGAAAGUACCAUUGAGAUAGAGUCCAAAGACCAUAGUACUGACACAGACUAA